CGCAACGCAACGACCGUCUUGACUUCAUUAAAUCCCUUCAAGUUACGAGUGAUAGCAUUGCGGCUAAUGCUGGGAGUAUGCGGGAAAAGUCGGGACAUUUAAACAACUUCUAAAAUAAUAUCACUAAAUCCAGUUACUAAUGGACGAAGGAUGUGUUGUGUAAUGUGAAUUAUCAGCACCGCUACAAGUCCAGCGCGUACUUUUUAAUAUGGCUACUCGAGAGACCUGGCAAUACCGACGGGCCACGAUGAUAAUCAAGCAAGAGCAGGACGACGACUCUGACGCAGAGGAGUCGACUAUUUCGUUUAAGAAAUCAGAAGGACGCGAGUCGCAGAUCAUCCACAGCGGUCAUUUUAUGGUGUCUUAUCCUCAUACCGAUCACCCCCCCUCAAAGAAAGGUUACGACUUCGACACUGUAAAUAAACAAACCUGCCAGACGUAUCACUUCGGAAAGACUAGCACGUCGCAUCUCUCUAUUGAUGCUUCCCUGACGAAGCUCUUUGAGUGCAUGACGCUUGCCUACAGUGGAAGGUUGGUGUCACCAAAAUGGAAGAAUUUCAAAGGCCUCAAGCUGCUGUGGAGAGACAAGAUUCGCCUCAACAACGCUAUUUGGAGAGCCUGGUAUAUACAAUAUGUAGAGAAGAGACAGAACCCUGUUUGCCAUUUUGUCACUCCUUUGGAUGGCAAUAUGGACUCCGGUGUACAUCGACCAACAGAGGCAAUAGCAACAGAAGGAAAGUACUGGAAAAGGAGAAUUGAAAUUGUCAUCAGAGAAUAUCAUAAAUGGAGAACAUAUUUCAAGAAAAGAUUACAGAAGCACAACGAUGAAGACCUGUCCAGCCUUCUCAAGGGGGCAGAGGAACAGUUUUCACUCUUUGGGGAAGUGUGUCCAGACACUUGCCGUGUCCUCUUGUGCCAGGAUGAGGAUGUCAGUGUGGGAGGCCGUCGUAGAUCCCACAAGAGUUGUGAUUCACCUGUUCCAAUGGAGAUGGACUCGCUCUUCGACAUGGAUGUGCUCAUGUCUGAAUUCUCAGACACACUCUUUUCCACACUGGCCUCUCAUCAACCUGUAGCAUGGCCCAAUCCGAGGGAGAUUGCCCAUGCAGGUAAUGCAGAUAUGAUCCAGCCAGGCCUCAUCCCACUGCAACCCAAUCUGGACUUCAUGGACACUUUUGAGCCUCUGCAAGAUUUGUUUCACACCCUGCGUCAGCCAGCCUUCCCCUCCACUUCCCCCACUUCCCCAUCCGUCACUCCCUUAACCAGCAGCAGCUCCCAAACACAGGCUCCUUUGCUGUCAUCCAUGCCGCUCUCCACAGAGCUUCCCUCUGUGCCACUGGACUACUGCCUCAUCCCCUCUGCUCCUUUGCCCAGCCACCUCUCAGUCUCCAGCCAGGACAAUGGUAACGCUGUUGGCCCAUCCUACCCACAAACCUACAUGCCACUUUUCCCAGAGCAAGUGACCCCCUCCGUCCCAUCACUCCUGCCACCGCCAGCUCCUCCUCUCCCACCAGCCCCACAACCUCUCCAGUGUGGAGGUGUUUCUGCAGUUACUACAGUCCCCCAGCCCGUCCCAAGCAUCCCUCCUCCAUCCGUAACUGCCCCUUCCCCAGUAACUCCCACUGAUGCAGCCACUACCUUCAGUCACAGAACAAGCUUUGAGCUGCCCGCUGCACCAUCUCCACAGCCUGCAGCCUCAACCUCCACCUCACUCAACUCACAGCCAGUCAACUUUGCCUUGCCCAAAUCCAUUCUGCCCACUGUCUCUAGGAAAAAGGCCAGACAUCCACAGAGACCGAUUGUCCCGGCCAAUCCGCUGCCAUCUCCUCAACUCAUACUCACAGGUCCCACCAGUGCUGUCAUUGUCACUCCGUCCCCUCACAACUCUGAUGUUGUCCCCACCACUGGUAUGGUCAUUGCCUCCUCCAGUAUUCCUUGUGGUUCUGCUGGUUUUCAUAUUCUCCCUCAGACACAGAAGUCGCCGCAACUAAUCAUACCCAAAGAAGAAACUACCACCACUAUAUCCAACAACAAGACAUCAGUGCAGUCAGCAAGUGCAGUACAUGAUGGUCGAGUCUCAGGUCAAGGUUCACCAUUGGUAGCAGAACAGGUACCAAGCCCCCAGUCACCUCUCAACCCCAGUGCAGGCAUGGGCAAAAAUGAAGCCAGUCAGGGGGAACUAACAACUCUCUUAACUGACCAACUGAGCAAGAGCCGCAGAGUGAAUCACAUAUCUGCUGAGCAGAAGAGGCGAUUCACCAUAAAUGCCUGCUCCAAGACGUUGUGCAAUCUUGUGCCGACUCUCAGGUCUCAAUCAAAUAUUAGUAAUGCUGCAACACUUCAAAAAACAGUCGACUACAUUGGCAAACUGCAACUAGAGAGACAACAGAUGCAGGAAGAGACCAAGAGACUACGAGAGGAGAUUGAGGAGCUUAAUACGUCUAUAAGCUUGUGCCAGGAACAGCUUCCUGAUACAGGGGUUCCCAUCACACGCCAUCGCUUUGACCACAUGAGGGAGAAGUUUGACGACUAUGUAAAGAACAGAACUCUUCAGAACUGGAAAUUCUGGAUAUUUAGCGUCAUUAUUCAGCCUCUGUUUGAGUCCUUUAAUGGGACAGUGUCUACCACCAACAACACAGAGCUGUGUGAAACCACCAUGCAGUGGCUGGAUCGAUACUGUGCCCUCCCAGUCCUUAGACCUAUGGUACUCAAGACAUUACGACAGCUCUGUACCAGCACCUCCAUCUUGACCGAUCCCUCACUUUUGCCUGAGGAAGCUAAAAAGGCUGCUCUCAACCCCAAAAAACAUUCCUCAGGAUCAUAGUUUUAAGUCGAUGUGAUUUUAGUUUUUAUUAGCUGAGGCAUGUUAGUCUUCAAGGAGCCUUGACAGCAACACUGUGGUGAAGUCUUUGCUAUGUUUUUACUCACUGAACUCAUUUAACUCCAAACUGGUGGAAAUGCAAUCUCUCUUGUUUACAUGCAGUCUCUAGAGAGCCAUACAGCUGGCAUGUCUUUGUGUUUUUUAGACUUCGUUAGACUUGUGGAUUUUACCACUCAGGGUGUUUUUUCGUGUAUUUGGGUCUUCCAUAUUAGUGCUCUUAUUUUGAAUAUUUACUGGAGCCUCACCCUCAGUUCAUCCAAAAACUACAGCACCACAACAAAUACCAGGAUUAAGACUGGCUUUUUGAAGUGCAUGGAUAGAUGCAUGGACAUGUAAAAAGUAUGAGUUAAAAUUACAAAUAGAACUACAGCCACAAAUAGUUAUAUUCUUAUGAUAAGGCACAUUUAUUGUGCCUUAAAUCAAGUAGAGCUAUAGAAGAAAAGUUUGAGCUAUAGAAGAAAGCAGCCCAGUGAGUUGUACACUAUAUAGUUUUUUUGUUUUUUUUUGCGCUAUAGGCUAUUAUUUUAGGCAUA